GUAUCCUUGGAGAAAUCGUUCCAUGGUGACUGGUUGCUAUAGAAAUGCUCAUUCCCUUCCAAGUUCCAGCGGAAUAACGGGGUGUGAGCGCGACGUGGCAUGUCACUGACGACCGACUCCAUGGAGAAGCUUUUGUUCCUGUGUGGAGCGAGCGGAGAGCCGGUAAAUGUUGAGGACGGCAGAGACAUGUUACCUAAAUCCAGACGAGCUCUCACCAUUCAAGAGAUCGCAGCGCUGGCCAGAUCUUCACUACACGGUUUCUCGCAGGUGGUCAAAGAUCAUGUGACGAAGCCCACGGCGAUGGCGCAGGGCCGCGUGGCUCACCUGAUCGAGUGGAAGGGCUGGUGUAAACCCACCGACACACCUAGCGCCCUCGAGUCACACCUCACAUCAUACUCGCAUCUAACCGAGGGCGAGCAGGAGGCGCGAUUCUGCAGAUAUGCUGCAAGAGUGGCAGAGCAGUUUGCCAUUGCGGAGGCAAAGCUUCGCGCCUGGUCUUCAGUGGAUGGUGACGAGUCUAAUGACGAUUCUUAUGACGAAGAUUUUCUACCUGCAAAUGAGCCUGUUACACAGAGCACAGAUCUGUCCUCGUUCCCUCAUUACCUGCGGGAUCUCCUGCACACUCAGGUGUGUCGGGCUCACCAGCAGGGGCGUGGCCUGUGUGAGGCGGAGAGCGGUGUGGGCGCUGACCUUUCACCUCCCGUGGGGUCACCAGGGUCACCGGGGUCACCGUCGGACACGCUCUGCUCCAGCAUGUGCAGUUUGGACGAGAGACACCCAUUGCUUCGGGAUCUCGGGCGUCACACGGACACGCCUGCCGCAGACAUCACCGCCAAGAUCCUCAGCGCUCUUCAGGGAGGGGAGGAGCUACUGUUAGCCCGCCUACACAGGGCGGGGCACAGACAAGGCCACUCCCCCUGCUGCUUGGAAACGUUUUCAGAGACGUUCGAAAACGAGGACAUGCCUUGUAAGGACUGCAGGGGCGGAGUCUGCCUUCCGUCAGAAUAUUCCACACGGAGGAAGGUAUCGGAUGUGGCUUCGUCUGGCAUCGUCUCACUCGACGAGGAAGACGUGGAGGAAGAAGAGCGAGAAGAACAGUGAAUGGUGCAUGUUUCUUUCGGACUCCACCCACUUAUUUGCAUUCGGACUCCACCCUUUAAUUUGCAUUCAAGCUCCGCCCACUUAGUUGCAUUCAACUCAGCCUGUUGAUUUGCAUAUGGGCUCCACCCACUUAUUUCCAUUUAGACUCCACCCUUUGGUUUGCAUUCGGACUCCGCCCAUUGAUUUGCAUAUGGGCGCCACACAUUUAUUUCCAUUUAGACUCCACCCUUUUGUUUGCAUUCGAACUCUGCCCAUUGAUUUGCAUAUGGGCUCCACAUUCAAGCUCCGCCCACUUAUUUGCAUUCGACUCUGUCUGUUGAUUUGCAUAUGGGCUCCAACCACUUAUUUCCAUUUAGACUCCCCCCUUGGUAUGCAUUUGGGCUCACCCACAUAUUUGCAUUUGGGCUAUGCCUGUGAAUUUGCAUUUGGGCUCCACCCAGUUAUUUCCAUUCGGACUCCACCCUUUGGUUUGCAUAUGGGCUCCACACACUUAAUUGCAUUCAGACUCCACCCAUUGGUUUGCAUUCAAGCUCCACCCACUUAGUUGCAUUCGACUCCGCCUGUUGAUUUGCAUAUGGGCUCCACCCACUUAUUUCCAUUUAGACUCCACCCUUUGGUAUGCAUUUGGGCUCCACCUUUUGUUUUUCAUUUGGACUCACCCAUUUAUUUGCAUUUUGUGCGCCAGUUGCUCUUCUCUUUUGGAAAACACUGAAUCUUUCAUUCUCAGGCUCACAAAAAAAAAAGAAGCAUUUUGACAAACUAAAUGGAGGAACGCAAGACUGACGUCGCCCUUAUUAUCAUGCAUGUGUCGCGCAAGAGCCAGACUGAGCGUGAAGUCCUGGACGUCCAGCUGUUUCGCACGGUUUGUGGAUUUGGCUGUUGUGUAUUCCCGCUCCUCAUGUGACGUCGGGCCCCAUUGCAUUCUGGGUCUUGAUCACAUGAUGCCUGUUCCCUGGUCCCUGGUUGGCAUGGCUUGCUGAUUACGUCAAAAACUUACCGUCGUUUAUGAAGAGACGCACGAAUGCCGAAUGUUCAUACCAUGACAAAGAA